AUGUCUGCCGUCAUCCUCGCGUAUCAAUGUUUCUUCAGAUUUCCCUCGCUAUCACCAGUCGGUGAUUGCGAAACGGGGUCUGUGGACUUUCUCUUGUCCAAGAGCUUCAAGAGCCUCUGCCGUUGGAUGCAAAGGGCUGAAGGAAUCCUUGAUGGCGUUUCUUGGGGGUUUCUACCUCCCACAGCCGCCGACAAUGCCAGACUCGAUACGACCUUCCCAGUUUUCAAAGAGCUCAUCGAGGCUUUGGACGAGUACACAGAUGCCGUUGGAAGGGGCGGUUCGAUCGUCGAGACAUUGGCCGAGAAGAUCCUCUCUCUCAUGAACAGCCUGCCGAAGAUUGUAUUUGAAGCCGAGGACGAAGUCACGGAAGACUGCGAUGAUGACGGUUCCAAAGAUCAGGAGGUGGGUGAUCACGAUGGACAUCAAUUGGCUCCAGAUUCGUUUCCAGAAUUGCCACCCAUGCCGACUUUUCUCUCCGUAGAAGAGAUAUGGUCUUGGGAUAGUAUGUCCAUGUACCCGCUCCCUGUAGUUGGACCAGAGCUAGUCGCAGCCGCAGAAGCCGGGGACUCCAAUGCUGUUGCGCGUCUACUUGAACAGGCCGAGGUCCGUCAUUGUGACCACAAGGUCGCCCAACUGGGAGGAGAUGCUCUGAUAGCCGCCACCAAGGCAGGACACAUAGGAAUCGUCGAUAUGCUCUCAAAGGCCGGAAUCUCCAUGGACAAGCGGGACGAACUUGGCCAGACAGCGCUGUUCCAUGCCGUUCGUCGACACGACAAGCCCCUGAUUGACUUGCUCAUAGACCGGGGUGUCGAUAAAGGGGCAUCCGAUCACCAAGACAAGACGGCGUGGGUAUUGGCCAUUGAAGAGGGUGACUGGGAGCUGAUCAUCCGCCUCUUGGACGAAACCGCCUGCAGCCGCUUUCCACAGGCCUGGAAUCAGACACCAAUACAAUGGGCUCGGAAACGCGGCCACGGGGCUGCCGCCGCGAUCCUCGAAGAACUGCAGGAGAGACUAUUACGGCGAGAGAUGAUCGAAGGGCUUAAUGGGUUACGGUGCCAUGAUCAUGAGCUACUAGACUAUGACGAUGAGCCCGCGAACCUCGAAGAAGAUGACGUCGAAGGGCCACAGGAGAGCAUCAUCCGAGGCAACGACUGGUACGCCCUCGUCAAGCCUCAGCCCCAAGGCAGCUUCGAUAUCGAGCUUGUGGACACUUCAAAGCCCGGGUUCCCCCUUCGAUUUGCCGCUCACCGCAGAUCCUCAGAGUCAGCGUUAUUCUCCCACUUCCUGGCCAGAGAACUAGAGGCUCGGAGGUCUCCAGAGACACGGAAGGGAUCGGAAGGCGAGGUCGACGACUCCAUCGGCUGCGCCUGCGUCAGCCUCGAUGAGCAAACUGUCGCAACUGCAUAUGGCAGGGUCAUCAAGGUACGUGACGCUGCUACAGAGCAAGUCCGAUGCCGUCUGCAGCUCGACCAUUGGGUCGGCGCGAUCGAUCUUUCUGCGACUGGCCGAAUUCUCGUGUGUGGCUUCCAGCACUCUUCAAGCAUACUCCGUGUCUUCAAUGUAGAAAGGGGAAGAUGGAUCAGGGACUAUGACUUGCCCAGGUAUAGCGGGAUCGACUGUGUCAAGCUAUCACCGGAUGGCCGAUUCGUAGCCGCAGCCGGCUACAGUCUAUACAACAAUGUUUACAUAUACGACCUGAAGAAGACUCAAAGGUGUCCACCUCAACUCAUCAAGAACACUGCAAGGGUUAAAUACAUGGCUUUUUCUUCAGAUGGCAAAUACCUGGCUAUAGCUGGAGAUCAUGAGCUCUCUGUUUGGGAUUGGGCCUUGGGCGAGCAGCUCUUCUGCUCACUUACCCUCUGGCAUAACACCACCGCAAUCUCGUUCACGCCAGACGAUAGAUGGAUUGUAAGGGCCUCGGACGAUGGAUGCGUCCGCUUCUGGGAUCGGGAAGAUGGGCAUCUCAAGUGUACGCUUGUGGCCCAUGCCGAGGUGAUUCGUUACAUGGCCUUUGACACGAACGGUCGAUUCACGACGGCUACUCCAGAGAAGGCGGUGCGUGUAUGGUCAUACCGGGUGGGAGACGGCAAAUACGGGGUUAGGGAUGGAAAGGGGGACGGGUUGAAUAUACCGCAGGCGGUGGAUGUGCCGGAAGAGUCGAAGGAGCAAAAGAGUCGAGGGAACCGGAAGAGUCGAGGGAGUAAGAAGAAUCGAAGGAGCCGGAAGAGUCAAAGGAGUAGGAAGAAUCGAAGGAGCCAAAAGAGACGAAGGGGGCGGAAGGGGGUGACAAGGCCAGAAGGAGGUCAACCAGAAGAGGGGGUCAGGAUGCCACUUGACUGA